AUGUUACCAUCCCAAAAAAAGAUAUCUGAAUCACAAGCAACCGAAAUAGAUUUAGCCGAAAAAUCUGGAAUCCGUCUUAAUGCUGCAUUUGAGCUCAUGGGUAAUGAAGUUGGUGGAAGGGAGUCGCUUGGGUUCACAAAACUGGACCAAAAAAAUUAUUUGAGAACGAAGUGGCAAAACAGUUUAGCAUAUGGGGAGGCAGGUAACAUUUUGCAAUAUUUUCGUGACAAAUCAUUGGAGAAUCCAUCUUUUUUUUACUCGGUCCAAUUAGAUAACGAAGAGCAGAUUACAAACAUAUUUUGGGCCGAUGCUCAGAUGAUCAUGGAUUAUGGGCAAUUUGCUUUGAUGUAUGAUGAGACCGCCGAUUCUUUCGUAUGGCUUUUUAGAAGAUUCUUGGAGGCAAUGUCAAGUAAGGCUCCAAAAACAAUUUUUACGGAUCAGGAUGCUGCAAUGGCUAAGGCCAUACCUAUUGUCAUGCCUAACACAACCCACCGCCUUUGCACUUGGCAUUUGAUGCAAAAUGCAUUAAGGCAUGCAAAUUCUAUCUUCAAGGAUAAGGCGAUGAAGGAUAAGGGGAUGAAGAGUGUUUUAUACACGUUUAUGUACGACAUUGAGGAUGAGGAAGAGUUUAUGUUAAAAUGGGAGGAAAUGCUUGACAAGUAUGAAGUAACAGAUAAUCAUUGGUUGAAGUUAACAUUUGGGGUCAAGGAAAAAUGGGGUUGGCCAUAUGUUAGAAAUGCAUGGGGUGCGGGCAUGAGUAGCACCCAACUUAGUGAAUCCUUUAAUGCUUUCUUGAAGGAUUUCAUUCGGUCUGAUCAUAACUUAAUGCAAUUUUUCAUGCAUUUUGAUCGAGUUCUGUCUGAGAAAAGGUACAAAGAGUUACAAACUGAAUAUGCUCUAUGUCAAAAGUUGCCCAGGGUGAAUAUUAAAGUGAAGAUUAUGGAGCAAGCUGCAGAUGUUUACACAAAUAAAAUUUUUGAAGAAUUUCAGGAUGAGUAUGUCAAGUCCCUUGAAGUCAACAUUGAAGAAAUUGAAAAUGAUGGUGACAGUACCGUUUAUACGGUUCUUGAUAGUGAUGGUAUAAAGGUGAGGAAGCUUCUUCGACACGAUGAUUCUACCAUAAGACUGUUACAAGAGGAACAGGGAAUUGUUAUAGCAGCUCUACAGGUCUCUGAUGCUCUGCUUUAA